UAGAACCAAUUUUCGUGCGCUACAGCAUUUGAAAUACAGUUUGAAACACUUCUCAACGUUAAAACGCCGUCAUGUCUCACCCGACUGCUGCUGUGAAGGAUGAUCUUUCCCAGGCAGAACCGGUGAAAACUGAAAAGCAGCUAAAAAAGGAAGCAGAAAAGGCGGCGAAGUUAGCAAAGUUGCAGGAGAAGUUAAACAAAAAACAGCAACAAGAACAGCAAUCUGCUACCAAACCGAAAACGGAGAAAAAAGUAAAAGAAACAAAAGAAGCGAUCGUGUAUGGAGGCAGCACGAAGGAAGGUGAAAAGAAAGACUUAACUGGCCCGUUCCCGGACGCCUACAGCCCGCAGUAUGUUGAGGCAGCGUGGUAUAGCUGGUGGGAGAAGGAAGGAUUCUUUAAACCAGAGUACGGGCGUAAGUUAAAUAAUCCGAAUGGCCAAUUCGUCAUGGUCAUUCCUCCGCCGAACGUUACCGGUUCUUUACAUCUCGGCCACGCGCUUACGAACGCAAUCGAGGACGGCAUUACCCGUUGGCAUCGGAUGAAGGGGCGCACGGCGUUGUGGGUGCCGGGUUGCGAUCAUGCCGGCAUUGCCACGCAGGUGGUGGUAGAGAAAAAGCUGUGGCGCGAACAGCAGCAAACGCGUCACGACCUCGGACGCGAACAGUUCAUCGAUAAGAUCUGGCAGUGGCGCAACGAGAAGGGCGAUCGGAUCUACCAUCAGUUAAAGAGGCUCGGCUCGUCGUUCGACUGGGACCGCGCCUGCUUUACGAUGGACCCGAAACUGUGCAAGGCGGUGACGGAAGCGUUCGUUCGGAUGCACGAGCAGGGUCUAAUCUAUCGCAGCAGCCGGCUAGUGAACUGGUCUUGUACGUUACGGUCGGCCAUCUCCGACAUUGAGGUGGACAAGGUGGAGUUGGCCGGUCGGACACAGCUUUCGAUUCCUGGGUACAGCGAGAAGGUCGAGUUUGGAGUUUUGGUGUCCUUCGCGUACAAGGUGUGCGGUAGUCAGACGGAGGAGAUUGUGGUGGCCACUACUCGUGUGGAAACGAUGCUCGGCGAUACGGCGGUGGCGGUACAUCCGAACGACGAUCGCUACAAGCAUCUCCAUGGAAAGUUUGUGCAGCAUCCGUUUUGUGCCCGUCAGCUUCCGAUUGUGUGCGACGAGUUCGUGGAGCGGGAGUUCGGAACGGGUGCAGUAAAAAUUACUCCGGCGCAUGAUCCUAACGAUUACGAGGUCGGCAAGAGGCACAACCUGCCGUUCGUGACGAUAUUCACCGACGACGGAGUUAUCACUGGCGACUAUGGGCCGUUUACGGGCAUGAAACGGUUUGAUGCGCGAAAGGAGAUUUUGACGGCACUCCAAGAGCGGGGUCUCUAUCGGGACACCAAGGACAAUCCGAUGGUCGUGCCGGUUUGCUCACGAUCGAAGGACAUUGUGGAACCGCUGAUCAAACCGCAAUGGUACGUACGCUGCAGUGAGAUGGCGGCCAGUGCGACGGAAGCGGUCCGUUCCGGGGAACUCAUUAUUACACCCGAGGUGCACCGAAAAACUUGGUACCACUGGAUGGACGAGAUACGCGAUUGGUGCGUUUCUAGGCAGCUCUGGUGGGGCCAUCGGAUUCCGGCCUACCAAGUGGUUUUCAAGGAUCCUUCUCAAGCACCGAGUGAUUUGAGCGACGAAAACCGUUGGUUUGUUGGACGCUCUGAAGCGGAAGCCCUGAGCAAAGCGGCCUCGGCGCUGAAUUUGGAUAAAUCAUGCAUUACGCUGCAGCAGGAUGAAGAUGUGCUGGACACGUGGUUCAGCUCCGGUCUGUUUCCGUUCUCCGUGUUUGGGUGGCCCGAUAACACCGACGAUCUGAAACUGUUCUACCCAACUACGCUGCUGGAAACGGGUCACGACAUUCUUUUCUUCUGGGUCGCCCGAAUGGUGUUUUUCGGUCAAACGCUGCUCGGCAAGCUACCGUUCCGGGAGGUGUUUCUGCAUCCGAUGGUUCGAGACGCUCACGGGCGUAAGAUGUCCAAAUCGCUCGGUAACGUUAUUGACCCGAUGGACGUUAUAUUGGGCAUUUCGCUCGAAGGGCUGCACGAGCAACUGCUCGAUUCAAAUCUUGACCCGCGCGAGGUCGAAAAAGCGAAAGCGGGACAGAAGCAGGACUAUCCGAACGGUAUACCGGAGUGUGGGACGGAUGCACUUCGGUUUGCGCUUUGCGCCUAUAUGACGCAGGCUCGUGAUAUCAAUCUGGACAUCAACCGUGUGCAAGGAUAUCGGUUCUUUUGCAACAAAUUGUGGAACGCCACCAAGUUCGCCCUCAUGUAUUUUUCCGGAACGGACACGUACGAUGUCAUUACAACGCUGAAUGGUGCAGAAGGUGGCAAUAUUGAUCGAUGGAUACUUUCACGGUUAGCUGGGUGUAUAGAGGUUUCAAAUCGAGGCUUCGAGAAGUAUGAGUUCGCUAUGGCGACCAAUGCGUGCUACAAUUUCUGGCUCUACGAUUUGUGCGACGUGUAUUUGGAGUGCUUGAAAAGCGUAUUUCAGACGGGCGACGAACGCUCUCAGAAUAAUGCACGGCGCACACUCUACACGUGUCUCAAUCUCGGCCUGAAACUUCUAUCGCCCUUUAUGCCAUUCAUAACAGAGGAACUCUAUCAGCGGCUGCCUAGAGGUGACCAUCGAACGGUGGCGAGUAUUUGUGUCGCCCCUUACCCAGAACCAGAUGAAUGCUGCUGGAAGGAUGAAUCGAUCGAAAAGGGAUUCGAGUUUGUGCAGAAAACGGCUCGAGACAUACGCUCCGCUCGUAGCGAUUACAAUAUCCCCAACAAGACGAAAACUGAUGCGUACUUCAUUUGCGCGGAUGAAGGCGUACGCAGCGCGCUGGAACGGUUCGGUGGCGAACUGGAAACAAUGGCUUACUCGGCGGUACAUUUCGGCAUGACGCCACCUGCCGGGUGUGCGAUUCUUACCAUCACGGGCCAGUGUGUGGUACACCUGAUGCUCAAGGGUUUGAUCGAGGUGGACAAAGAGAUCGAAAAAAUGGGUAAAAAGCAGGAGACACUAACGCAAACGGUGGCUAAGCUGCAGCAGGCAAUGUCCGUAUCAAACUAUACCAGCAAGGUACCCGAAGAUGUUCGGAAAGCGAACCAAGAAAAGUUGGAUCAGUCGAAGGUGGAAAUCGAGCGACUAAUCGCCGCAAUCGAUACGCUGAAAAUGAUGUAAGAAACAUUUUCGAGCAAAACUAUCACCAAGAAAAGGGUGGCACAGAUUUUAUAUUUAUAUUGUAAUGCUAUCUAAGCCCCUGUGUUUACUUUGGGCAUAAUUUAUCAAAGCAAGUUAUCGC